AUGAGGAGCUCUUUUACCCUCCACUUUCCCAUACUGAGUUUUCCUUCCUCCCGCAGAGAAAUAAUAGAAACUAAUCUUCAAAAUCUAAACACUGCAAGCCCGAUCCUUUUGUGCAACCAUCUUGCUCCCCGAGCUGGGCACCGAGCAGCGCCAGAGCGCCCGUAUUUGCAGGCUGGCGCCUCGCGGCUGGACGCAGCCGCAGACAGCCCAUCCAUCAUCCGCCUCCUCCCGCCGCGCAGCAGCCGCGGCCAAUGGGCGCCAGGUGGGGCCGCACCUGCGGGCCGCGCGCUUCCUUGUGCUCGCCGCGCCGCGCCGCGCCUCGGGGGCCAGCGGGCCCCGGAGCCACUGCGUUCUCCAAGACCAGGAUGCGACAGAUCUAGUCCGGAGGGCAUGGUCUGGGAGCUGAGUGCCAGAUGCGAGUCCCCCUUGAUCAUUUGGGACAUCACCCAGGCCAAGGAGCUGCUUUGCCAAUGCAGAAGAAAUAAUCGGAGGAAAAGUAUACCCAAGAAGGUGGGAAAAUCGAGAGGAGAUCUUGUCCAGUGCAUUUCUGCACAAUAUUGGCAAAAUCAGGGAAACGUGGGAGCUUUGGACAGCAGGAAACUUACAGAAAAUGCCACAAUUUCCAGAAGUAUUCGAGCUAUUUUACCAAAGAUGUGCAUGGGAGAUAAAGGCUGGGAGAGAUAAAUACAAACUCAAUCUGGGGGCCAUUACUUCUUCAAGACCUGAAAAUUAAAACUUCCCCCCUCCCCGCCAAAAAAAAAAAAAAAAAAAAAA